GAGAAGAGGCUGGAGUUGGCUUUGAAAAAAUGGCGGACGAGGUGGACCAGGUGGGUGAUGCUGCUGCCGGGGGAGGGUGGCUUUUGAGGGGUCGGCGGGACCCCGUGAAGUGUCGCCGUUGUGCUCUGAGGUGGUGGGUCUCUGGCCUGGCUUAGCCUGCCGAGGUGGGUCGCUAGUUGGACGCAGGUUUCUGCUCCCAGUAGCGAGGGCGACGUCCGGACUGUGCGUUUCAUCUUCUCUUUUUUUGUUAUUUCGCUUAUUUCUGAGAGCGUAAUAACGGUAAAGUUGACCUUUGCCCUCCUGUCCCUCCUGGGAAACCCAGGAGGGGGCGGGGUAUAAAUUAUUAUUAUUAUUAUUAUUAUUAUUUCUCUCUACUGCUGUGCCCACCCCCUUACCACAUAGUUGAACAAAAGUGAGAAACAACAAGAAGUCCCCAAAACAUUACUUGUUUUUGUGGUUCUCUCCUGGUAGUUACAAAGUUGUGGUCUAAAGGGUCUCUGCUUUAUUCUUCCUUCAUUUCCCCUUCAUGCUGUUUUCAUUGGCACUGUCAUGCAUAGUUAAACUUUGCUGCUAUCUUUGGAUUAUGUUGGUGUUUUUUUAAUGAAAAACACACCCACAAAACAAAACUUUAUUAUCAGAUGUCAAGACACCAAGUGAGGACAUUAUGCACAUUAUUCUUGCUACCUAGUCCCAGAAAAGUGACUACGAACAAUCUGUUAUUGAUUCUUUGUUAUUGAAACAGUUUAAACUGGUGAGCCCGGGAUAUUAGAAAGGGUAUCAUAACUAGUUGACUGUUUCCUGAUAUCUCACAGAUAGCCUUAAAUUCUCCUAACUCUGCAGCAACUACUGUAUAGCCUGAAUAGCCUAGGAGGGAUUUGCAAUUCAUUUGUCAGUCAUUUUGAGGAGGUGCAAACAGGUAGCUUUUAAUUCUCUCUGCUCUUGUACUUGAGUUUAGACAUUUCAGUAAGGUUGAAUAAUUGAACAAUAAACAAUACGGAGCAAAUACUAAUCUCAGUGGAGUUUUUCCUUGGAAUAAAUUGUAUCCAACGUUUUAUCAACUGUAUUAAAAAAAACACAAACACUUUUCUCUUAUAGCAACAAACCACAAAUACUGUAGAAGAGCCCUUGGAUCUCAUCAGACUCAGUCUUGAUGAACGAAUUUAUGUAAAAAUGAGAAAUGACCGAGAACUUCGAGGCAGAUUACAUGUAAGUAAAGCUAUAUAGAAAUGAGGGGUGCUUGUUAUCAGAACCAUGAAAAUGUGUUUUGGGAGAUGUUAAGUUAGAUACUUCAAAAACAAGUUAAAGUUCUCAUAGAGUAAAAGCAGCCUUGGCUUUUGAAAUACUUCUUGGGCAGCAACAGGAAACCCUGAGUUCUCCAGAUAUUGCUGCACUCUCAAUUUUAACAUGCACGUGCAUGAAAGAAAUCUGAUUUUGAUCUUAGCCAAAGAACAAACAUUUCAGUUGCUGUGGUCUCAAAUAACUCUUGGCUCCAAAAUGUGUAUUUGAAGCUAGGACACUAAUGAUGCAUUUUCCAGCAGUUCUCUGUGAAGAGCAAGCAUGACUGCCAGUGUUAGAUUUUAUGAGUGUUGUUGGGAAUCUAGUUGAUAAUGGUAUUCAUUGAGCAAAUUGUUGUGAUUUACAUCUAGUAUAUUUAGUUUAAUGGUAUUUUGUGCUGUCUUUUUCUCUACUCAUUUUUGCCAACUUUUCUUGAGAAUCUUUGGUAUAGCAAUCAAGUAUUGUUUUAUUAGGGACGCGGGUGGCGCUGUGGGUGAAACCUCAGCGCCUAGGGCUUGCCGAUUGCAUGGUCGGCGGUUCGAAUCCCCGCGGCGGGGUGAGCUCCCGUCUUUCGGUCCCAGCUCCUGCCCACCUAGCAGUUCGAAAGCACCCUUAAGUGCAAGUAGAUAAAUAGGUACCGCUUUAUAGCGGGAAGGUAAACGGCGUUUCCGUGUGCUGCGCUGGUGCUGGCUCGCCAGAGCAGCUUCAUCACGCUGGCCACGUGACCCGGAAGUGUCUCCAGACAGCGCUGGCCCCCGGCCUCUUAAGUGAGAUGGGCGCACAACCCUAGAGUCGGACACGACUGGCCCGUACAGGCAGGGGUACCUUUACCUUUACCUAUUGUUUUAUUAUAUACUUUAUAGCCUACUUUUCUUGCUUCUUGCUUUCCCUUGUCUGUGGUCAGUGUUUAUUUGAAGAGGCUACUGACUUAAAUGGUAUAUUUAUGAAACAAUGUAUAAGUAAAUAUAAGAAUGGAGCAGUGCUGUUACAGUUGUAUGAAUAAAUUGUUAUAGUUUGGAAAGGAUCUCAUGAUGAAGAUGUUGGAUCAAGCAAUUCCAUAUUUGUUCAAAUUGAAGCAUAUAGAAACAAAUGCCUGUAUCCAACAAAGUUACACUCAGAGUAGAUGCAUUGAAAUUAAUGGAUUAAAAUUAGUAAUGUUCAUUAAUUUCUGAGUAGGUUUAACAUUAGAUAUAAUCCAAAAUACUUGUAGCAGAAGUUUUUAGAUCUGUGUAUUUGAGCUACAAUGUUUAAAAAAUAUACUGCCACUAGCACAAUAAUUAAACUUAUCUAAACUACUAUCAUUUCCACAGGCUUAUGACCAGCACUUAAAUAUGAUUUUGGGUGAUGUUGAGGAGACUGUGACAACAAUAGAAAUUGAUGAAGAAACCUAUGAAGAGAUUUAUAAAGUAAGAACUUGUUAAUACUUAAAGCUCCAAAUGCUCUUUCAGAUGUGCAAUGUUGUCUAGAUGAAUUUAAAUAUUUUUUGCUUACGAGAUCAGUAUACCAACUUGACUUAUAACAUUAAGUAAAUUUUAACCAGAGUAAAAUCUAAAGCAUUUAGUAACCAUAGUGAUUACUUCAUUGUAAAAGUAGGACACUUAAAUAUAGAUUUAUUUCCCCAAAAUGUGAUUCUUGUACCAUAUGAAUUUAUAAUAAUUAUGCUAAUCUUUGCAACUAUUUUUACAUUCUCACUGGAUGUAGCCUGUACUGCUUUUUUUCAUCCACAGUCUACCAAAAGGAAUAUUCCGAUGCUGUUUGUCCGAGGAGAUGGAGUUGUACUUGUAGCUCCUCCACUGAGGGUUGGCUGAAACCAUGAAAAAAAUGGUCAUCGUUUAGAAAAUGUUGGACCUCUGGACACUGUCUUCUGAUACCCUUAAACAUUAAGAUUCUGCCCUUAAUUCUGAAAGACCAUCCAAACCUGAUUGUUGUGAAGGCGUAAGAUCAUUUGGCAUAUAAGUUGAUAUAAGGGUUUUUUUCUGAAAUAACUUAAGUGCAGGUGUCGUUAUGUUUCAAAUCAGUGGAUAUAACAAUUUUAGUUGCGCUUGUGGCCGCUGAUCUUUUUAAAGAAAUAAAUCUGUUUGGGUUUUUUUGUAUGUAUGUGUUUAUAAGCACUUUUCCCAUUUAACAUGUGUCUCAUUAUUGCUGCAUUAUUUGCUUGGUUACCAUUGACAGUAUCUGGUACAAAUGAGACAGGAUUGCACUAAGUAUUUUCUGUUUACACCAUGCUAUUCCAAAGACUUGAGUGGCCUACAUGCAUGAAGUGUGUAUGCUUCAAUAAUGGUAACCUUUUGAGGAAGAGUUCUAAGUUGCUGAUUAUAAACCUAUGCAAAUCUUAGUGGGGAGGUGGACCCCAGAGUCAAAGAAACUGUCAUUGUCUCAUCACCCACAGUUACAUUAGCACUGUGUCCACAUCUGGUCAUUCAUCUGUAUACGAGUCCCUGUUUCCACAUGUGCUUUGUGCACCUUCAUCCACACAUUAACACUUUCAAUUUUAUACUUCCAGAAUCUUUCUCAAUGUAUCCCAUCCACACUACUGGGGUGUGCUUGAUGGGAUAUUUGUGCUAAGACUUCCUCCUUCACCGUAAGUGCUGGAAUCCUGAAGUCUGUUAUGAGUUUGCACACAGGUAUUUGUUUAGCUGUGUGUGUUCCUUUGUUUUAUUUCUUUUUUAAAUACAAGUUUUCUAAUAUACCAGAAUUUCACAAAAAGGGGGGUGGGUGGAGUGUGUUGCUCAAAACCAGGGGGCCUAAAGUCCAGUGUGGGUAUGUGUGUAGGUAUCAGUUGAUUUCUCUGAAUGCACCUUUUAAAAAGUUUUCUAAUACCAUAUUUGCACAAAAAGAUGAUGGCCUCACUUCAGGCAAAUAUUUGGAGUUGCUAGCAUGAAAUGCUGCCACUUCCUUUCUUCCCCUUUUCAUUUCCUAUCUUCUAUAGUUGCAAAGGAGUUCUAAUUUUUCAUACAGCUGGUCUCAUGCAAGAGCAGUUCUGUGCAAAAGAACUAUUUAUGAAAUCCCAAUGCUGUGAAUGUGCCUUCAGCAACAGCUGGUGGAAAAGGGCAGGCGCCAUCCUUUCUCUUGGGGUGAAGGAAGUGGGUGGUAUGGGAAAAGAUGACACUAGAGAAAAGUCACCACACAUGUAAAACCCACACUCAGUGCAUCCACAGUCAGAAAACAUGUAAUUUUAUUUUGAAUUAUUAAAACAAAUUUAGUGUGUGUGCGUGCGUGCAGGCUGCCAAGAGGGUGUUAUGUGACUAAAAAAGGUAAAGGUAAAGGACCCCUGACAGUUAAGUCCAGCCACAGAUGUCUCUGGGGUUGUGGCACUCAUCUUGCUUUACAAGCUGAGGGAGCCGGCAUUUGUCCGCAGACAGUUUUGCUGGGUCAUGUGGCCAGCAUGAUUAAGCCACUUCUGGCGCAACAGAACACCGAAACCAGAGCAGCACACGGAAACACCGUUUACCUUCCUGCCAGAGUGGUACCUAUUUAUCUACUUGCACUUUUUGGCAUGCUUUUGAACUGCUAGGUUGGCAGGAGCUGGGACCGAGCAACGGGAGCUCACCCUGUGGAUUCGAACCACUGACCUUCUGAUUGGCAAGCCCAAGAGGCUUCAUGGUUUGGACCACAGCACCACCUGCAUUCCACCCACUCCAGUGCGGAAGAGCCCUAGCUUGGUGAAAAUAUGGGUUGCAAGCUGUUGAAACAAAGCAAGUAUGUUAGAAGCGUUCAUAUGAUGAAAUGGCUUGACUUGAUAACAGCAGUUGCUAAUUGGCGCUAUGAUCGCUUAACUUUUUAAUAUUGGCUUGUUAAGUGUAUACUUUUUGGUAUCAGGCAAUAUGUGCUUUCGUUUUCCACAAAUUCUAGCACCAUGAAAAUUCACUUUCAUUCUUUGCCUAUGACAUUGUAUGGCUUCUGCCUUUGCAGCUCAGCUUGAAUCUUCACUGAACACUAGAUGGUGCUGCCUGCAUUAAGAUCUCACUUAAUCAGUAAUGUGACUUGCUUGAUAGUUAUCGGUAAUGUAACACAAUGUACUAUGAGACCCAAGUAUUUUCAUCAAAUUAAGUCAUUUUGUUUCUAAUGAAAGGUUCAUAAUGUGCAGUCCUAAGUGGGUAGUUGCAACAUGCUGAAUAGUAAUGCUUAAAGAACCAAAUGUUUCUCAAUACCAGUGGCUUUGUUAAGAAAAGAAUACUGGUUAAGUACCAUUAUACUUUAUCAGCUUUAUUAAAUGUUACGUUGCCUGGG